ACGGAAGUAAUAUUUACUGCCGACAUAGAAACCAUUUCCGGAUAAAUCAUACCCAGGUUGAAAAUUGGGUUUUUUGUUGAAAAUAAGAUAGAAAUUGUAUUAUAUCGGAAAAAUGUCAGACUUUUUGGAAAAUGAAGCUGAGGAAUCAGAGAGAAGUAGUUCAGAGGAAGAUGAUGAAGUUGUAGGAACCAAAAAGUCUAAAUCAGUUGUAAAAAAGAAAAGUAAAGGACGUAUUGAUGAUGAUGACGAUGAUGAUGAUGAAGAAGAAAUUGAUGAGGCACUUAUUGAAGAAGAAAUGAAAGAUUUUAUUAAUGAGGAUGUAGAAGAAGAUGAUGAAGAAGGAAGUGAAGAUGGUGGGGAUGAAGGAAAGAGAAAACACGAAGAUUCAGAUAUUGAUGAUCAACUUGAAGAUGAUGAUUAUGAUCUGCUGGAAGAAAAUCUGGGUAUAAAAGUGAAAAGAAAGCAAAAACGUAAACGUAUUCGUGUGAUGUCUGAAGAUGAAGAUAGUGAUAAAGAAGGAGAUGAAACAGGUACUGAUGGUAAACAAACUAUAGAAGAUCAGUUAUUUGAGGGUUUAGAAGAAGAAGGUGAUGAUGAUGUUAGAUCUGUAGCACCUGCCAGAGAAGCACCAGAUACAAAUGAUUUUGGUGAUUUGGAUGAAGAAGAAGAAUCAGAUAUAGAUGAUUUCAUUGUUGAUGAUGAAGGAAGACCGAUCAGUAAAGGAAAGAAGAAAAAACAUAUCAUUCACAGUGAUAGGGCUCUACAGGAAGCUCAGGAUAUAUUUGGUGUAGAUUUUGAUAUUGAAGAGUUUGCUGACUAUGAUGAGGAGGAGGAAGAUGAUAUGGAUGAAGAGUAUGAAGAUGAAGAACUAGAUGUUGAUGGUGUAGCCAGGCCAAGAACUAAAAAAAGUGGCCGAGCCAGAAGAACUAAGAAAAGUAUUUAUGAUGUAUUUGAACCAAGUGAGUUGGAAAGAGGACAUUUUACAGAUCUUGAUAAUGAAAUUAAAACAGCUGAUAUGCCUGAAAGAUUUCAGUUACGUCAAGUACCAGUUUUAACAGCAGAAGAAGAUGAAUUAGAAGAAGAAGCUGAAUGGAUUUAUAAACAAGCUUUCUGUACCAAAUCUGUGUCCACACAAACAUUACUAGAACAAGAACAGGGAAAUCAGUUUAAUUUUGACAGGAGAAAAGGUCCAGAAAUGGUGAAUAAAAUCAGAAAAGCUAUUGACUUCAUGAGAAACCAACGACUAGAGGUACCAUUUAUAGCCUUCUAUCGUAAAGAAUAUGUAGAGCCAGAAUUAAACAUCACAGAUUUAUGGAGAGUGUGGAACUGGGAUGAAAAGUGGACACAGUUAGCUACAAGAAAGAAGAACCUGAUCCGACUGUUUGAAAAAAUGCAGAAUUUUCAAUUUGAACAGAAUUCUGAUAUCGACAAAGUUUUGGCUUCAUCUUUCAGACCAUUAACAGAGGAUGAUCUAGAAAAGGUGCGUAAAGUUCAAACAAUUGAUGAACUACGGGAUGUGUAUCAACACUUCUUGUUGUACUAUGGUACAGAAAUACCUAAGAUGAGAAAUGCAGAGAAGAAGAAACAAGCUGAACGAGACGGGGGAGAGAAAACAGGAGAUGAUGACCAUCAAGAUACAAUCAAACAAGCGACAAGAAAAAGUGGUUAUUCUAUCUGUCAAGAUGCUAAACUAGAUGAGGUAGCUAGAAGGUUUGGUUUAACACCAGAGCAAUUUGGUGAGAAUCUACGAGAUAAUUAUCAGAGACAUGAUGUAGAACAAUGUCCGGUUGAACCUCUUGAUCUAUCAAAAGAUUAUAUCUGUGGACAGUUCCCUACAGAAGAAGAUGCUUUAAUGGGGGCUCGACAUAUGGUUGCCAUGCAGAUUUCCCAUGAUCCUCUGGUGCGUAAAUCAGUAAGACAGACAUUUGAAGAAAGGGCUAAAAUAAAGGUCACACCUACCAAAAAAGGACUUAAGGAAAUUGAUGAAGCACACAGUUGUUACCCGAUGAAAUAUAUAAAAAAUAAACCCGUUAAAGAUUUAAAAGAUGAUCAGUAUUUAAAAUUACACAUGGCUGAAGAAGAAGGUUUACUAAAAAUAUCUAUUAUGAUAGAUGACGAUGGUCUUACAUCAUCAACGUAUUUCGAAGAAGUUCGACAAUUAUAUUAUAGGGAUGAAUUCAGUCAUCUGGUACAACAGUGGAAUACACAGAGAAGUGAAGCUUUAAAACGAGCCUUAACUAAAAUAGUAUACCCACAGAUUGAGAAAGAAUUACGCUUGAAAUUAUUACAAGAAUCUAAAGAAGGCAUAUUAAAGGCAUGUUGUCGUAAACUGUAUAGUUGGUUAAAAGUUUCUCCAUAUCAAUGUGAUCAACAGUUAUAUGAUGAUGAAGAUUAUAGUGAUUCCAAUGGUAUAAGAGUAAUGGGCAUUGCCUACUCAAUGGAAAUGAUAAAUAAUAAAGAUCCUUCAUCGUUUUGUGCUUUAAUUGAUGGAGAUGGGGAAGUGACUGAUUAUUUACGUUUAACAAGUUUAACAGUCAGACGUAAUUCGUAUAGACAACAAGAAAGAGAAGCAAAGGUAGGUCUCUAUAUGUUGCCAAAGGAAAAAGAUAUGGAAAAAAUUAAAGACUUUAUAUCUAACAAGAAACCUCACGUUAUUUGUGUGACUGUAGAAUCAAGAGAAGCGACGAUGAUUGUUGAAGAUUUAAAGAAGAUAAUAGCGGAGUUAGAACAGGAAGAACAAUUACCCCCUAUCAGUGUAGAAUUAAUGGACAACGAACUAGCCAUGGUCUAUGAAAAUACAAGUAAAGCUGCUAAUGAUUUCCGUGAAUAUCCCCCUGUACUACGCCAUGCUAUAUCUAUAGCCAGACGUCUACAGGAUCCAUUAAUAGAGUUUGCUCAGAUGUGUAAUCCUGAUGAUGAUAUCAUGUGCCUUAAAUAUCAUACUCUACAGAAUGAGUUAAAUAAAGAUGAAUUAAAAGAAGCAUUAUAUUUAGAGUUUAUAAAUCGUGUUAAUGAAGUUGGUGUUGAUGUUAAUAGAGCUUUAGCUCAUCCACAUACCGCCUGUUUAACACAAUUUAUCUGUGGUCUUGGACCUAGAAAAGGUUCACAGCUAUUAAAGAUAUUAAAACAGAACAAUAGUAGACUAGAGAACAGAACACAACUUGUAUCUUUAUGUCAUAUGGGACCAAAAGUAUUUAUUAAUUGUGCUGGUUUUAUAAAGAUAGACACCAACAGUCUAGGUCACAGCACUGACACGUUUGUUGAUGCAUUAGAUGGAUCUCGAGUUCACCCUGAAGCUUAUGAAUGGGCCAGGAAAAUGGCUGUUGAUGCUUUAGAAUAUGACGAUACUUCAGAAGAUGCCAAUCCAGCAGGAGCUCUAGAGGAGAUUUUAGAGAGACCAGAAAGUUUAAAAGAAUUGGAUUUAAAUGCGUUUGCUGUGGAGUUAGAGAGACAGGGUUAUGGAGAUAAAAGAAUUACGUUAUAUGAUAUAAGAGCUGAGUUAAAUCACCGAUAUAAAGAUUUACGUAGUCCAUAUAGACCACCUUCUGUAGAAGAACGUUUUAAUAUGAUAACUAAAGAAACUCCUGAAACAUUCUAUGUUGGUAAGUUAAUAAUGGUUUGGAGUCAUUUUGAUGCUGGUAAUUGUCCUGGAGCUGCUAUGGGUGUUAAAUGUCGAUUAGAUAAUACAGUUACUGGUUUUAUACCAACUAAAAUGAUCAGUGAUAAAAAAGUUACAAAUCCUGAAGAAAGAGUUCAGAAAGAUCUAUAUUAUGAUUUUGAUAAAGAAAAAGAAGAAACGGAAAAAGAAGAAGAUAAGAAAAAACAAAAGGCCAGACAGACUUAUAUUAAACGGGUUAUUGUACAUCCAUCUUUCCAUAAUAUCAGUUAUUCUGAAUGUGAGAAGUUAAUGGCUAACAUGGACCAAGGAGAUGUUAUUAUUCGACCCAGCAGUAAGGGAGCCGAUCAUUUAACAGUAACAUGGAAAGUAACAGAUGGUAUUUUACAACAUAUAGAUGUUAGAGAAGAAGGAAAAGAAAAUGCCUUCAGUUUAGGGAGAUCUUUAGUUAUUGGAAAUGAGGAAUUUGAAGAUUUAGAUGAAAUUAUAGCUCGACAUGUCCAGCCAAUGGCAGCCUUAGCUAGAGACAUAAUAGGUUUUAGAUAUUAUCGGGAUUCGGAAGGUGGUAAACGUGAUAUCCUGGAAAAAACUUUAAUGGUUGAAAAGAGGAAAGCUCCGUCAAGGAUCCCAUAUUUCCUGAGUUCUUCCAAACAGUUUCCUGGUACACCCAUGAGUAUGAGAACACCAUCAAGAACACCUGCACGAACACCAGCACGAACACCAUCUAAUGUAAGAACACCAGCCACUGGUAGAACACCUGGUGCUAGAACACCCAUGGCAGCCUACACACCUAGUAUGAAUAUUCAAGGUGUUGAUCCAGCUACCAUACAGAGAGCAGCUGCAGGAUUAUCAUCUAAUAUAUAUAAUACUCUAGCUCAGGUAGCUAGUGCUACACCACAACAAGUUGGUUCCAAUAGAAACUUUACAUCAGGCUUUUCUGCUGGUAACUUUAAUUAUCAGCCUGCAGUGACGCCUAUGAUGACACCAAUGAUGACGCCAAGUUACCAUGGCAAUCAAAUCUCUCAACAAACACCUAGUCAACAACCAGUAACACCAGCACAACAAUCUCAACAGCCAUCACAACAACAGCCUUUUACACCUUCUUAUAAUCCUACACCGCGUUCUAACGCCUGGCCUGGCAUGACCACCCCUAGAACACCAGCACAAAGUCAGCCCACACCAUCAGCCCAGCAACGACCCCUACCUGGUACCAGUAAGGCUGGAACUGAUUGGGCCAAGGCAGCAGAGAUGUGGGCCAAGAGAAAACCAACGACGCCUAGAGCUCAAAGUUCGCGAGUUCAAGGUUCACCUCAAUCUGACGGUAGCUCUCCCCGUGGUGAUGGUACACCUUUAAUUGAUGAAAGGUGA